GAGGCGGCCCCUGGCCUCGGGUGCCUCGGGCAGGGGUAGGCGGCGGGCCGGGGCGGGGCUGGGCGAGGGCUGCCCGGGAGCUCCCGCUGCCCGUGAGGCCAGCAGGCUUCCUCUUCGUCCCACACUUCCUGCCAGCGCUGCCCUGCUGUGCCGAGGCGAGCCCUCCCGUCACUGCCCGCGGUGCCUCCGACCUCCGCUCUCUCUGGCAGCGGGCGCCGGGGAUUGCGGGGGGCACGCCACCGGCCGCCGCCUUCCUGCUCGACGCGGCGGCUCGGGAAGUUGAGUUUGCAGGUUUCCACACUGUUGCGGUUAUUUGGGUUUGUGCUUUUCCUGAAAUGGUAGGACUAGGAAACAGCUGCCGAGGGAUGAAGUCUCCACCUCUGCUUGUGGCUGCGCUCGUGGCGUGCAUCAUUGUUUUGGGCUUCAAUUACUGGGUUGCAAGUUCUCGCAGCGUGGAUCUGCAGGGUCGGAUCAUGGAUCUGGAAGGUAAAGUCCGCCGUGCGGCAGCAGAGAGGGGUGCCGUGGAACUCAAGAAGAAUGAAUUCCAAGGGGAGCUAGAGAAACAGCGGCAGCAGAUUGACAAAAUCCAGUCCUUGCACAGCUUUCAGAUGGAAAAUGCCAACAAGCUACACCAGGAAGAGAAGGCAGUGCUGAUGAGUAACAUCACAGUAAAUGACCGAUUGAUCCAAAGCCUACGAGAACACUUGAAAGAGUUACAGACAGAAUAUGGAAAGCUACAGCUGAAUGUUUAUUGGUUUCAGAAGAACCAGACUAACCUUCAGAGGAAGUUCUCAUAUGACCUGUCACAAUGCAUCAACCAGAUGAAAGAAUUAAAAGAACAAUGUGAAGAAAGGAUAGAUGAGCUUACAAAAAAGGUUACUGAUGUUCCACAAAUCAAAGAAAACAAAGACGUAUCAGAAGAUUUGAAAAAAAAUAGCCAGGCCAGUAUUCAACUGUCAACCUUGGAGCAAACUGAGUUCAAGCAGGCUGACUUGGAACACCAGAAACCCAAUGAAGAUGGACCUAAAGCAGUACCUACGGUAAAAAAUACAGACCUGCUGGAGGCUAAAGAAAGAAUAAAUGGCCUAGCUGACAUCAGAAAACAGGAGCCUAAGGCAGAAGAGGAGAAGCUCUCUAGUCAAGUGGAAGACCUGCGGGAUCCACUCAAAGCUGCUGCUGGUCAUGAAGAGAUGCUGCCUCAGUCAGAGAAGGAGCUGAAUCCUGAAGAUGAAAAACAAGCAGCUGGGCAAGAUGUGUUACAGCUGGCUGCAGAGCAGGCUGCCAGUGAAGAAGCUGAGAGGGAGCAGCUCCUGAAUUAUGAUGCUAAGCUGGACUUGCCCCCCAUAAAGGCUGACAAACAGGAACAUGAAGCACUGAAACAAGAUAGGGAAGUUGAUUACAACUUACAUGAGAAUGAAGCUGAAUCAGAAAUGGACAAGCAAGCAGCACUUGCAGGGACUGAAAAUGUUCAAAACCCUGAAGAAACGAGGAGCCACUUAUCUGAGCAUAGCGAAGAACGACAGAGGUUGUGAACACAGGAAGUUCAGGAUGCAGCUUAAGUCACUUCUUCAUAUAAAUGCAGCAAGGAUGAGAGCAAAUUGAUCUGAGAAUCUUUUCAUUAUGUUCUCAAGGCUUCAGUAAGAGCCUAAAUGAAGUAGUGUUUUCUUGUGAAGUUUUAGUACUGUUUCAGUGGUAAAAAAAAAAAAAAAUAUCUUAAAUCUCUGGAGGCUUGUUUAAAAGCAGCCUGACCUCUGCAAUAACUCCUUCCUACUGAUUAUAGAUUUGAAACCAGCUAGCAGUAAGCGUAGUAACUUUGAAGUCGGCUAACUUGUAUAGCCAUACUACAGAAACAGUAUCUGUGCAUUGGUGGUAGAUGAGAGUCCUCUGCUGAGGACAGAUCUUUCCCCUGAGCAGUGCAGUAGAGAAAUUCCAGCCUAGUUUUCAAAGGAGGUUAAGAGCAGAUAACUUGACAUAACAUGGGAAGGAUGAAAAAUGACCCAGGCUGCUGUUUACCACUGUUGUGCCUGUUCUGCCACAUUUUAUUGAAAUGUGGGAAGACUUCAAAAGCAUGAUCGUAAUCCUUGGAUACUUUCCAGUACGAUAUAUUUUCCUGGGCCUCUGAAGAGAAAUUACUGGUUUACACUGUAAGCAGCUGAAGCGCCUACAAGAACCUGGUUGUGUUCUUAGCUUUUAGGUUAAGGAAAGAAAGACUUGGACAAUAGUGUCCUCUCAUUAAGAGAGGAGCCAGGGAGAAAGCCGGUUUAGGCCUCUGUUCACAAGAUGUGUGCCACAGUAUGGUUCAGUUACCACUAACUUGCACAAGUGUAUAGAGAGUAAAAAUUUCAUCUCCUGAACUUUUCUUGACAGAAGCUAUCUGAAAUGAUGUGCUACAACUACCCUUUACUCCAACCAGCUACUAUCCUCUGCUAAAAAGCAAAAAGGCAAAUGCUUGCCUUGUAGUACAGCAAUCAUCUCAGCUGUUCAGUGACUAAUAUUCUCUGCUGGACUUCUGACAAAGGUAAAUUAGACAAUGCAUUUACGAGACACCUCAAUGUUUCUCACAGGUGGAGCUGCAGUUCUGUGAAGUCUUAUGUUAUGUAUAGUAUAUCUUAUUGCUAAUAUUCUGUAGCCUUUGUCAUUUCUGUAACUUGUUGAAUGUAAACUGGAAACUAGUUUAUUUGUGAUAACCUAGAAAUACCUUCUGGUACCUGCAGUGUGUAGCCAGCUUGUUGGAAGUUCUCAAGCCUGGCACCUGUAUUUGGAGCAACCUUUGUGAAUAUGAACCAACUGCUGUCAAGGCAGCAUGGGAGCUUCCUAACCAUGAAUUCAAAAACCCCACAACUGGCUCUUGGCUUUCCCUCUUCAUUGUGUAACUGUUUCUGUGGGGUGUCAUUCCUUAAUGUAUUAGUUUACAACUCCUGUACCUUACUUAAGCUGCCUAAAUAUGGACGUGGAAGGUUGGUUCAUUUGUAUAUGAAGAAUAUGAGUUGUCACAGAUGAAAUGCAGAGCUCAAGUCAAAUGGUGCCUAUUAAGCCUAAAUACAUAAACAGUUCACUGAUAGUCUUGCUACAUGUAACUUGAAUUCUUGUAAGAAGAGGAUUAACUGCCAUUACUGAAUUCUUUGUUGCUCGUUUUUUCACUAUUUAAGUCAGACUUCAUGGUUCUAGGCUACUAGUGCCAGUGUAGCAGGGAAAACAAAUCCUUGUAAUCUGGAGAGAAAAGGAGGUAUGUCUGCUACAUACAAUUUUAAAUUAAAGGAGUUUUAGCUGAACGAAACAAUAGAUUCACUUGGAACUGUGAUUUACAUAAUGUUUCCUAUCACUAAAGAUUUUAGUUGCCUAAGGCAGGGAAAGAUCUUUGCUGUAAUCGUCUUGGGGUUAAAUAACACUAGUUGUUGCUGGGUUUUUUUUAAAUUUCAUUUUAGAUAAGCAUUUUAAAAUAAAAAAUAGUCUUUGCUGCUGUGUACUCAC